AUGGCCCCCUACAAUGUCCGGAUGGUGUUCCCUACCGCGGUUCUAGCGGUGAACAGCGUCGGAUUACUCCUGUCCUUCACGGCAGUGGCAUUGAGGUUCUACUCGCAGUCCCUGCGCGGCACCAAGAUGGGACUGUCAGAGUACUCCAUCAUAGCAUCAUGGCUCUUCACCUUCGGCCUCGUCGUCUCGGAAAACUUCACCGUCACCCACGGCGGCGUAGGCCAAGUCUCCUCUACCGUAACGCCAGAAGAACUCCUCUUCUCCACCAAACAAUUCAUCACCAUCGGCGUCUGCGGCUCAUUAUCAGUAACCCUAGUCAAAAUCUCCCUCCUGUCCUACUUUUUGACAGUCUUCUCGGCCUACUACUGGUUUGUCAUUUGCGAUUACGUCCUCCUCUUCCUCACGACCUGCUACGGGAUCGCCUUUGUGAUUGUCUCGUUGGCUGGUUGCCGCCCGUUUAGCGCAAACUGGGAUAAACUCUCGAACCCGGACUUCGUGUGCAUUGAGACGAGCAACUUUUAUGUGGCGCAGACGGGGGUGGGGGCGAUAUUGGAUUGCUUGAUUUUGCUGCUGCCAGGGGGUGUGAUUUUGGGGUUGAGGAGUAUGAGGAGGAGGAGGAAGUGGGGGAUUUGGGGGGUUUUUAGCUUUGGGAUUGUAAUCUGUGGGGUUUCGAUUACGAGGCUGGUUUACAAUAAUAUGGAGGAGUGGAUGGCUACUAACUUUACGGAAUACGCUGGGAUAGCGGCGUUGCUGGGGGCGUUGGAGGCGAAUUUGAGUAUUGUUUGUGCUUGUAUGCCUGCUAUGCCGGCGCUGUAUCACAAGGUGAGGGGACGGUGGAGGAGGGAUGGUCUGGAGGAGGGGAAGUUGGGGGGGAAUGAUAGUGAUGGUGGGGGGAAGGUUGAGGCGGUUGAGAGUGAAAAGAUGGCUGAUACAAGGGAUAUUGAAAGUAGGAGGUUGAGGGAGGAGGGGGAUAAGCUUUAUCCAUUGAGUGUUACCCAAAAGACGGUAGUCACUAGGACUGACAGAGAUAGAGAGGUGGAAGCUGGUGAGACAGGGGAAACGGAGUUAUGGGCUGGGCCGGGGGUGGUGGAUUUGGAUAUGCUGGACUUGCCGAGAAUGAAUAGGGUCCAGACUGGGAGUGAAGCAGGUCAGGGAUUGCCAGAGUCACCUUGUUGGGGAGUUAAUCAGGCGAGGAAGUGGAUGAGGUGA